UUUUCUUUGCCUUAUAUAUCUUUACUUUGUACCUCUUCCUUAAUCACCUCCUAAAUUUCCUUUGUUCACAUUAAUAUAGAGAGAAGAAACAUUAAUUGUCAUCGCCAAUGGCUAAACUUUUCUGGCUUUUCAUUGCAAUAGGACUUGUUAUCAUCAACUUGGUUUAUGGUCAACAACAUCACUUCUUCAAUGAAACUGAAGAACUCUUUCUGUUAGAGGCUCAUGAACAUGCAGCAUCCUUUCUUGAGGAGGGUAAUGGAAAUCCUCUUCUCGUAGGACUCACCCUUGUUCACAAUGCAGCUGCUAAAGGAGCAGUGUGCUUGGAUGGAACAUUACCUGGUUACCAUUUGCACCGUGGAUAUGGAUCAGGAGCAGACAGUUGGCUUGUUAAUUUAGAGGGAGGUGGAUGGUGUAACAAUGUCAGAUCAUGUGUUUAUCGCAAGAAAACACGGCGUGGAUCAUCAUUAUACAUGGAAAAGGAGAUACCAUUCACAGGAAUACUUAGUAAUAAACCUGAAGAAAAUCCAGAUUUUUUCAACUGGAAUAGAGCAAAGCUUCGUUAUUGUGAUGGUGGCUCAUUUGCUGGUGAUGGUGAAGAUCAGGAUGCAGAACUGCAAUUUAGAGGACAGCGUAUUUGGGCAGCUGCAAUGGAAGAUUUGAUAUCAAAGGGAAUGCAUUUUGCUAAUCAAGCUCUUCUUUCCGGAUGUUCCGCUGGUGGCCUAGCAACUAUUAUACACUGCGAUGAAUUUCGAGGUCUCUUUCCAAGGACUACUAAAGUGAAGUGUCUAAGCGAUGCAGGGUUGUUUCUUGAUUCGAUUGAUAUAUCUGGUGAGCGCACCCUCCGGAAUAUGUACAAUGGUGUUGUAGGGAUGCAGGAAGCACAGAAGAAUCUACCGCAGAUUUGUACUAAUCACCUUGAUCCUACAUCGUGUUUCUUCCCUCAGAAUUUGAUUGCCAGUGUUAGAACACCACUUUUUCUUCUCAAUACUGCUUAUGAUUCAUGGCAGAUCCAGUCAAGUUUAGCUCCUCCAUCAGCAGAUCCCCAUGGCUAUUGGCAUGAAUGCAGAUUAAACCAUGCUAAAUGCACAAGGCCACAAAUCAAAUUUCUGCAAGGGUUCAGGACUCACAUGUUGAAUUCUAUUAAAGACUUCUCAAGAUCAAACAAGAAUGGAUUGUUUAUCAAUUCAUGUUUCGCUCACUGCCAAACUGAGAGGCAAGAUACAUGGUUUUCAGACAAUUCGCCGGUUAUUAGGAACAAGGUAAUUGCUUUAGCUGUUGGAGACUGGUAUUUUGAUCGAGAAGGUGUUAAGGUCAUUGAUUGUCCUUACCCUUGUGAUAAUACAUGUCACCAUUUGGUUUUCAGUUGAGCCAAAGUUCAUACAUCAUCAUCAUCAAUGGAGGAUUAUGCUAUUCAAUUAAUAUUAUGUUACACAAAAUGCAAAUUUGAUCUGUCAAAAUUAACUUGCUUUGAUAGUCAUUGGUGAAAUUGAAAGUGUCUUUAACUAUUUGGGAAUGCUGAGGCAAGUCCUCUUUGUUCCUUAACAGCAUAAGUAUUCAGCCGUGGGAUUGAUCUAAAAUCUAAUGUUAGAUUGUUGCUAUUUAUAGCAUUUC